UUUUUUUAUUUUUUUUUUAAUAGCAAAUACAGACUGGUGCACUUUAACAUGUACUCAAACAAAAUUGAAGGACCGCGUAGAGGAAGAUCCUUUGACUCCAUUAACAUCGGCAUUGAGGAAAAACUGCUGAACAAUGAGAUAAACAAAUCAACAUUCACAAAAAUUGAAGAAAACUCUGAAAAGAAGAAUACAUCAGAGAAAGAGAGAGCGACAAUUAUCUUCACCCUCAAGAACGAAGUGGGUGGACUUGUAAAAGCUCUCAAACUCUUUCAGGAAAACCAUGUAAAUCUUGUACACAUUGAAUCAAGAAAAUCCAAAAGACGCAACUCUGAGUUUGAAAUUUUUGUGGACUGCGACAGCAACCAUGAACAACUGAAUGAAAUCAUCCACCUGCUUCGGAAGCAUGUCAAUGUAGUAGACAUGGACCCGCCAGAUAACUCCUGCUUGCAAGAGGAAGAUAUGUAUGAUGUACCUUGGUUCCCCAAGAAAAUUUCAGACUUGGACAAAUGCGCAAACCGAGUUCUCAUGUAUGGAUCUGACCUGGAUGCUGACCAUCCGGGUUUCAAGGACAAUGUCUACCGAAAAAGGAGAAAGUACUUUGCUGACCUUGCCAUGACCUACAAACAUGGGGAUCCCAUUCCUCGUAUUGAGUUUACAGCGGAGGAAGUGAAAACCUGGGGUGUUGUAUACAGGGAGCUCAAUAAGUUGUACCCCACCCACGCCUGCCGGGAAUACUUAAAGAACCUGCCCCUGCUGUCCAAAUAUUGUGAAUGUGGGGAGGACAGCAUCCCUCAGCUGGAAGACGUCUCACGCUUCCUCCGAGAACGUACUGGAUUCACCAUCAGACCUGUGGCAGGGUACCUGUCUCCACGGGACUUCCUUGCUGGUUUGGCCUUCCGUGUUUUCCACUGUACCCAGUAUGUGCGGCACAGCUCCGACCCCCUGUACACCCCAGAGCCGGACACGUGCCAUGAGCUGUUGGGUCAUGUCCCGCUACUGGCAGAACCCAGCUUUGCUCAGUUUUCUCAGGAGAUUGGUUUGGCUUCACUUGGGGCCUCAGAUGACUCUGUUCAGAAACUGGCCACGUGCUAUUUCUUCACGGUGGAGUUUGGCCUAUGCAAACAAGAGGGGCAGCUGCGAGCAUAUGGAGCUGGACUGCUGUCAUCUAUCAGUGAGCUUAAGCAUGCGCUCUCUGGAAAUGCAAGGAUAAUGCCUUUUGACCCAAAAGUUACAUCGAAGCAGGAAUGCAUCAUCACAACAUUUCAGGAUGUCUACUUUGUGUCUGACAGCUUUGAAGAGGCCAAAGUCAAGAUGAGGGAGUUUGCCAAGACCAUCAAGCGUCCCUUCACAGUUCGAUACAACCCCUACACCCAGAGUGUGGACGUGCUGAAGGACACUCCCAGCAUCAACAGUGUGGUAGAGGAGCUCCGUCAUGAGCUCGACAUUGUGGGUGACGCACUCAGUCGGCUGAACAAGCAGCUGGGUGUCUGAAAACCCGGAAUCAGGCUCCUAUAGCCCAUCCAUGCUUUGUGUGUCACCACCCCCCUGCACUGCUGUAGAGAUAUUGUUUAUGCGUCGCCCUUCGUCAGUAUAAUGAAUGUGCAUCGCUUUUCGUCCCCAGGGUGUGGUAUAUUGCCGACAAUAUCUUCAGGUGCAAUAGGUUUGUGUUGCCUUUGAUGUUCAUCUGUUUCAUAAACCUAAAGAGCUGCUUAACCUGAGGCACCAUCUUGCUUCCAUUGUUUCUGGGUUGUACUGGAUUAUGUAUUGCAAACAAUCAACAUGCUUUCAUUAAACCUAAGUACACUUUUAUAAAUUUCCCCAGCUGUUACAAAAACGUAUGUGUUUUUUUUCUUCUAGUGUCAACUCUGCUGCUGUGUACGAUCAUGUGACUCUUUUUCAAAUUAAUUUAAUUCUACUUUACAUUUAUUAUUUUACCCUUUCAGUGAUAUUUAUAAAAUGUUCCUUGUUUGUAUUCCUUUGGUUUGUGUAUCAUGUUCUUGUUUGUGUGUCGUUGAAGGAAAUUGUGAAAGUGAAAACUCUGACUAACUUGUGUUAUAAGAAUGCUUUCGUGAUUGAUUAUGACAGAUUUGGCCCAUGUACACAAUUUAUUUUACAUUGAUGAUAUUAAAUACCUCCUACUGUAGUGAAUAUAAUUGUAGUACUCUGGAAACCAAAAUAUUAUUUUUCUACUGUAAAAAAAGAAGAAAUUAUUAGCAGGCUAUGUACCAAAUUGAAAAACAUC